CCCUACAAUCAAAACAGUUAACAAGUUAAAACCGAACAAGCAAUAUGCAAGUCAAAAUUGUAGCCCUCUUGGCCAUCUUUGUGAUGGCACAACAAGCCGAUGCUGGCACCAUUACCUUUGGUGAUCUAAUGGGCGAUAUUUCGAAGGUAGCUGUAGCUGGCGAGAAAGCAAUCCAUCAACUGGAGAAUAAGGUAUUCGAUUCUGCUCAGUCUGAAGUGGAACAUGUUGAAACAGCGAUACAAAACAUGCUAAGUGAUAUGGCUAAUGGAUUGGAUGAUCUAGCUAAUGCCCUAACCAAUUUGCGAGCUCAGCGUGAUUAUGUUCAACCGGAGCCAAAAGAUCUUCUCGGCAGUCUUAUGGGUGACAUGGGCAAUGAACUUGGUCAUUUGGCUAACACUAUCACCAGCCUCAGUGUACAGAUUCAGGCCAUGCCCAAGUCUAGCAGCGUUUCAUCCUCUGGUGCCUCGAUAAUUGGAGAAGUUGGCGGUCUGAGCGCUCAGGCCAUCGCAUCUGCUGCUCAUGCUGCUGCACCCUAUGUGAAGCAACUGAAUACUGCUCUGGGCGAUCUUGCUAACUCCCUUACCCAUCUAUAGAUUGGACCAUAUCAAGUAGAAAACAUUUAUAUUUUCUAUCUUUAUACUCGCAUAUUCAUAAUCAAUCAAUUUGUAGUUUUAAUAA